AUUCGGGCGGACCUAAACAGCAGCUCGGACGAAGGGGCCGAGACAGCCGAGAGUACAACGCAAAGAAAAAAAGUGGAGAAAAAGACACAGAAAAAGAACCGGGAGACGGCAAGGGAUGCGAUGUACGAAAGCAUCAUAAACAAGACCCUGGAAGACGCACAUGCGAAUUUGCAGCAAGUGGCGCAGCGCCCCCAAGACAAAGUUGCGCGCACUCGCCAACAUCGCAAGCGGGCCCGCACUGUGAGCGAGUCGGGGAGCUCAGACAGCGACUCCGAUUCAUUGUGCGCGCUGAGCGAGCUGAAGGCAGCGCAAGAUAAAGCGCAGGUAUGGAAGGCUAGGGCCAUGGAAUACAAGGAAGAGAGGGAUUAUCUCAGGGACUGAGUCAUUUCUCUAGAGAAGUGCUUGGAGAGCAAGAUUUUUCAGCGUAAGUGUGUCAUAUUUUAUUACUAAUUCGUUCAAUAAGUGCCCUGAGAUGCGGCAGCGGCACACUAUUGCUUACCCUUUAACUGCUUUUCUUAUAAUGGAAGGCACACUUCCCCAGCAGCUCUUUCAAGGCUGCAGCAGCAGCAAAGGUUUCAUAUUUUAUUAUUACUUCUAAUGAGAUGGAUGUAUAUGGCCAUUUGAAUUAUUACAAUGCAUACUUAGAAGUAUGUGGUAAUUUUUUGUUACUGGUGUUUAGCACAUACCGCUAUGCAGGGCAGUUGCUCCUUAAGAGAAGUGCUGAUCCUACAAAAAUUUAUGCCUUUCAGCCCCGGCGCCAUCUGUGACAGUGGGCAGACUCGAAGCUGCUGCCAAAAUCCCUAAGGAAGUAGAAAGCAGUGACAGAGGUUUGACCUUUUGUUACUUAUAUCCUACAUUUGUUGGUACUAGCUGUAAACUGUAUAAUCACUUGGCAAUCGUUUCACCUAGCUGUGUAUGCAUUCUUAACUUGUGAGAUCAUAGAGCAGAGCUGUAGCCAAAGUUAAGAAAUAUUGCUGCUGAGAGCACUGAUAUAACAUGUCUGAAAAUUUGUGUUGUAUUACAUUUGAUUUUACUGCAGAAACCUCACUGGGUGACGAGUUGGCUUGUGGUUCCCCUGGAUCCACGGCUCCCAGUGCUUCGCAGCAGCCAAUGUUGCCUCCACCACCAUGCCAAAUCAGCAACGCAACAACAGUUGCUAACUUCUCAUACUUGGACGAUGGCACUUUCUACCUUGCCAAGGGAGUUGUUGUGCGGUCCGAAGCUGCCUUCAAGAUCAUGCGGAACCUCAAGCCUACACUUGUCGUGAAGGACACGGCUGAAGCUGUGUGGGGGAAGGACGUUUUGGAAAAAAAGAGUGUCACAGGGAUGGUGGCGCCACGCAAAAAAUCCCUGGGCGAAGUGGCUAAAGAGCCUCUAACACCCGAGAAGGUUGCUGUUGUUGCAGCCACACUGAAGCACUGGGGUGCAGAAAAGAACGUAGAUGUGGACGCAACACUCCUGAACCUGGGCCGCCUGCUGUCGGAAAAGAUCCAGGAUGUCCUAAAAUCAAAGCGCCGGGUCAAAUUUCAAUAAAACCUG